UUAGACAUGCUGGCUGAAGAAGUCCAUCAAGUCGCUCCACACGGACAGGAGCCUGCAGAGCUACAACUGUACGUACGUGUACAAAAGGCGGGUCUUUUCCCAGUUGCCGAAGACAUCGGCAAAAUUCCGGCAGUUUCUCGGGGACAUCGUGGCCAUCUAACCGGGCCCGGUCGCCAGGGUCUGCAACUCCAGACGAUCGGUGUGCCCGUGGAUGAACAUCUGCCGCCCGACGAGCCGUAUUUCGAUGUUCCCGUGCACGAGGGCGACAUAGAGGAACGGCAGGGGGAUGACGAUCGCCCAACAACAUCGGGCACCACCACCACCACCACCUUCGUCAUCGACCCCCAGGACCUAGCCCAGGCGGGGACUAGCGGCCUCACCCCAUCCUCUACUACGCAAAAUUAAGAUCAGGCUAGGCGUCGCCAGGUAGCGAGAGGACGUCGCGGGAGACGCAAGAGGAGACGCUGUUGAAGGAACUGAAAGAAACAGAUCCAGUAGUGUUGAUAGCAGCCGAAAUUCUCGUCAACAUGAAAAACAAAAAAUUGUAGAUAAUAGAA